CAGACAAGAUGGACGCGCUCAGUGAAUCAUAUUUUGUGCGUCGAUGACCUAAAACUUGUCAAGCUAAUAUAAAUGCGGAGAUCUUACUGAAAGCAUCGACUCGUGGCCAUUACGCACGUCAGAAGCGUCUAGAUCUCAACCCGUCGUUGCUCUAGAGUCGCCCAUUCGGCACGUCGUGCCUUCUCGCCAAGAUGAACGAAAUCGCCAAACUUGAGUAUUUGUCGCUCGUGUCAAAAAUCUGCACAGAAUUGGACAACCAUUUAGGAAUCAACGAUAAGGACAUGGCCGAGUUCAUCAUCGACCUAGCCGACAAAAACAACACCUUCGAGUCGUUCAAGAAGGCUCUGCAAGAAAAUGAAGCGGAGUUUUCAGAUUCAUUCAUAGCAAACCUCCUACGUAUCAUCCAGCACAUGAGGCCAAAGAAGGCAGCGACCACAUCUAAAGAAGGUUUCGAGGAUAAGCCGAAGACUGAGCUGGACAUGAAACGUGAACGAUUUCCAUUUUUAGCACUCCCAAAUGACCCAAAUGUCAAUAAAUUGCUCGAAGAAGAUGUCAAAGUGGCAUCAGAUGCCUUCGCACAGCUUGAGGCAUUGGCUCCAGCUUCCAGGAAAAAGGAUGCUGACAAUGAGAAGCGUAGUCGAGAUCAUGAACGAACCAGUGAGAAGUCAAGCAGGUCUCGAAGACACAAGUCACGAUCACGGUCUCGAAGUCCACUUGCACGAUCAUCGAGACACAAAUCACGUUCCCGCUCCAAGAGCCCCUACUCGAAACGAUUUUCGAGGCACAGGUCACGCAGUCGCAGCCAAGACCGCAACAGGGACCGCAACCGGGACCGCAGCCGGGACCGAAGGAGAUCUCGUUCGAGGGAACGACACCACGGGUCUAGCCGCAAAGACAAGAGCACAGUUCCAGUGUCUCCCGAUCCCGUCGUGGGACAGAUCUACAAUGGCAAAGUCACCAACAUCAUGCAGUUUGGAUGCUUUGUUCAGCUAGAAGGGCUGCCUAAGCGAUGGGAAGGUCUUGUUCACAUAUCACAGCUGAGGAGAGAAGGUCGCAUCACCAACGUCGGGGACGUGGUCACCAGAGGGCAGCGCGUUAAAGUCAAGGUGCUGUCUUUUACUGGCCAGAAAACCAGUCUCUCCAUGAAGGAUGUAGACCAAGACACUGGGGAGGAUCUCAAUCCAGUGCGGCGAGCGGGUGACACGGAUGGCACCGAGUCGGCCCGCAACCCAGAUCGACCGUGCUCGUUGCCACUUCUAACCCGCCCCGAUGACGAUGAUGUUGACAAUCGCCGGCGUGUCCAAAGGAUCUCCUCACCUGAGAAGUGGGAGAUCAAACAGAUGCUGUCUGCAAAUUGUAUUGACAAAUCUGAGCUCCCCGACUUUGAUGAGGCAACUGGCUUAUUGCCCAAAGAAGAUGAUGAUGAGGAAGACUUGGAGAUUGAAUUGGUCGAAGAAGAACCACCUUUCCUGAGAGGCCAUGGAAGGUCAAACCUGCAAGACCUGAGCCCUGUUAGGAUUGUCAAGAACCCAGAUGGUUCACUGGCUCAAGCAGCCAUGAUGCAGUCCGCACUUGCCAAAGAACGCCGAGAACAAAAACAGCAACAGAGGGAAGCAGAAAUGGACUCCAUUCCUGCUGGUCUAAAUAAGCAUUGGAUUGAUCCCAUGCCCGAUGCGGAUGGACGGACGCUGGCUGCCAACAUGCGGGGCAUUGGUCUGAUGACCCAGGAGCUGCCAGAAUGGAAAAAGCAUGUGACCGGUGGUGCCAAGGCUUCCUACGGCAAGAAGACACAGAUGACCAUCUUGGAGCAGAGGCAAUCACUGCCCAUUUACAAGCUCAAGGACGAACUGGUCAAGGCCGUUAUGGAUAACCAGAUCCUGAUUGUCAUUGGUGAAACUGGCUCGGGAAAGACAACACAAAUCACUCAGUACCUGGCAGAAGCAGGCUUCACAACGAGGGGAAAGAUUGGCUGCACUCAGCCGAGGCGUGUGGCUGCCAUGUCUGUGGCUAAGAGAGUGGCCGAAGAAUUUGGUUGCCGGCUGGGACAAGAGGUAGGCUACACCAUUCGGUUUGAAGACUGCACCAGCCCAGAGACACAAAUCAAGUACAUGACAGACGGUAUGCUGCUGCGAGAAUGCCUUAUCGACUUGGACCUGCUUUCCUACUCCAUCAUCAUGUUGGACGAGGCCCACGAGAGGACCAUACACACCGACGUCUUGUUCGGCCUUCUAAAGAAUGCAGUCAAGAAAAGGCCGCAGUUGAAGCUGAUCGUUACAUCAGCCACUCUGGAUGCCGUGAAGUUUUCACAGUAUUUCUUCGAAGCACCUAUUUUCACCAUUCCGGGAAGAACAUUCCCUGUUGAGAUCCUCUACACAAAGGAACCAGAGACGGACUACCUGGAUGCCUCGCUUAUCACGGUGAUGCAGAUUCAUCUGACAGAACCUCCCGGUGAUAUAUUGCUCUUUCUGACUGGUCAAGAGGAAAUCGACACUGCCUGUGAGAUCUUGUACGAGCGAAUGAAGUCCCUUGGCCCCGACGUUCCCGAACUUAUUAUUCUGCCUGUGUACUCUGCACUGCCGAGUGAAAUGCAAACCAGGAUAUUUGAGCCUGCAACUCCAGGUUCCAGAAAGGUCGUGAUUGCUACUAACAUUGCUGAAACGUCACUCACUAUUGAUGGAAUCUACUAUGUCGUGGACCCAGGCUUUGUCAAGCAAAAUGUCUACAACCCAAAAACUGGCAUGGAUUCCCUUGUUGUCACACCUAUCUCUCAGGCCCAGGCCAAGCAGCGGGCAGGUCGGGCUGGCCGCACAGGGCCUGGCAAGACGUACCGUCUGUACACGGAGAGAGCCUACCGAGACGAAAUGUUAACAACACCCGUGCCAGAGAUCCAGCGAACGAACCUGGCCUCCACUGUGCUCCAGUUGAAGGCCAUGGGCAUCAAUGACCUGCUCUCCUUUGAUUUCAUGGAUGCUCCUCCCACUGAGACUCUCAUCAUGGCUUUGGAACAGCUGCAUUCCCUCAGUGCAUUAGACAACGAGGGACUGCUCACCCGCUUGGGGCGAAGAAUGGCUGAAUUUCCAUUGAGCCCCAACUUGGCCAAGAUGUUGAUCAUGUCUGUUCACCUGGGCUGCAGUGAGGAGAUCCUCACCGUGGUGUCCAUGCUUUCAGUGCAGAAUGUGUUCUACAGGCCAAAGGACAAACAAGCACUGGCCGACCAGAAGAAGGCAAAGUUCAACCAGGCGGAGGGCGACCACCUGACGCUGCUGGCCGUCUACAACUCCUGGAAAAACAACAAGUUCUCCAAUGCGUGGUGCUACGAGAACUUUGUCCAAAUUCGGACUCUCAAGCGGGCGCAGGAUGUGCGCAAGCAACUACUUGGAAUCAUGGACAGGCACAAGCUAGAUGUAGUGUCCUGUGGCAAGAAUACGGCACGCGUGCAAAAGGCAGUGUGCAGUGGCUUCUUCCGGAAUGCCGCCAAGAAAGACCCCCAGGAGGGAUACCGGACACUUGUGGACGGCCAAGUUGUCUACAUCCAUCCGUCCAGUGCUCUCUUCAAUCGCCAGCCGGAAUGGGUUGUGUACUACGAGCUGGUGCUGACAACGAAGGAAUACAUGCGAGAGGUGACAACUAUCGACCCCAAGUGGCUGGUGGAGUUUGCGUCUUCAUUCUUCAAGUUCGCCGACCCCACCAAGCUGAGCAAGCACAAGAAGCAGCUGCGCCUCGAGCCCCUCUACAACAAGUACGAGGAGCCCAACGCAUGGAGAAUAUCCCGUGUGCGCCGCAGACGCAACUGAUCGUUCGCCACUCAUCAACAAACUUUGCCUGUCUACACGAAGAACAGCUGUGGCUUCUCGACCAGUUCUACAGUGCCGUUCGCAUUUGUGCGGUGUAUCAGAAGCACAGGCUGUGUGUGCCUUUAUGUAAAUAUGGUGUGUACUUUUGUGUUUUUUGUGCUUUUAGCUGUGAAGAAGAAGAGCAGUUUGGUUACGUGCUUGCUGGGAUGUGUUGUGUAGCUGUAUUGAGAAAACCUCGUUCAUUGUAUUUUUAGCAAUGACCACUUUUCACCGUGGUUACGUGUGUUUGCUCUUUGUGUAACCAGACCUGUUUGACUGCCAAUGCCUUUCUGGAGAUAAUCCCAAAACUAGACACACACGAAACAAAAUUAAAAAUUUCCAUUGUGAGGUUCUCGUAGCUGGCACGCCGAUAAGUACAACUGCUACUUGAGCAUGUAUGAUUCAUCAUUUCCAGCACUAAGGCUUGUGCAGUGUGAACACUGUUUAUUUACUGCGGUUAACUUGCUGGCAAUUAAUCAACUGACCCUGUAAAAGUGGCGCACAUGUUAGUCUGUCUCAUAAGUGUUGUGUUUGUGUUGCAUAAUGUGAAAAUGUGUAAAUAUGACUGUAAAUAUGUAAUUUGAAAGAUUAGAUAUGACCCCUUGUCUGGUUCUCAUUAAUAUUCUUAUGCUAAUGCUGUUUUUGAUUCUCAACUAAAAUUUGAGCUGCUACUGUCUAUGAUCAGUAGCACUAUCUUCCCUUUUCUUGUUGUUAUGACUGUAAAUAAUUUUUCUGACCACAGAUGCAAUGAUAGUCAUCUCAUUAAAGCAAAUGUUACAUGUCCCUUGCGUAAUGACAUACGAAAUACAAUUUUAUUGGUUGUUACACUGCCGUUAAAUAAAGGCGGGUCAUUCCACACCAACUUUCUCAACUAUAUCAGAUUUACAAAAAGGUUUUUCAACAUUCAAGAGCACUUUGAAUUUUCCCAGUUGGAGAGAAACUAUUUGGGAGAAAAAUGUUUGCCAGAAAUACGCUGUAUUCUCCACUGUCGCAACAUUUACAUUAUUAUAAGUGCUCCUAUAAAUGACAAAAUUAAAGUGCUUUUUUUUAGGUGCUAUUUACAAAAUAUGGUAGGGCAAGAAACCACAAUAAAGGUGUCUUACAAAUGCUUGCAGCAUCCAUUAUCUGCCAAAACAUGAUUUGCUUCCUAAUGUUAUACACUAGCCUCAAUAAACAACGUAGAAAUCUUAAAAUAUGGCAUUGUGGGC